UCGUAGUCGUUAUAUAUCUUGGACCCAGCCUGUGACAGCUGGCCGGAUAAAGCCUGACAGCAUAUCAUGAAUAAACGGGCAUGUGAAAGCGCAAAUAUUUACUCCUAAGUGCACGGUGUUUUCGGUCAGUGAACGGUGAACUGUGUGUCGUCUACUCUUGUUCAGCAGUCAUCCUCCUCCGCUACAUUAACUUUAGCUUAGCUAGCUAGCAGCCCGCAACAUGACGGAAUGCGCUUAAACGAGAGAGCUCUUCCUCAUUGCGUUCAUCUGAAGGGGCAGUUCCGCUUUCAGUGGCUCGCUUAGUGGAUGAUAAAUCCUCACAGACUUCACGUUAAAGGCUCAGUAACUGCUAUGGAGCCGUCCGCGGCUAUGGGCUGUAUGAACAUUGGCAGUCUGACCAGCACCUUGCCGGUGAUCCCCUACCAGAAGCUCACCGACCUGUACUACCUGAGCAGAGGGGGCUUCGGCACCGUGUUCAAGGCGCAGCACUCAGACUGGAGGACCACCGUGGCCAUCAAGUGCCUGAAACUCGACAGUCCUGUUGGAGAAAGAGAGAGGAACUGCCUGCUGAAGGAGGCGGAAGUGCUCCACAAAGCCAGGUUCAACUACAUCAUCCAGAUUUUUGGCAUCUGCAACGAGCCCGAGUUCUUCUGCAUAGUCACAGAGUUUAUGAGCAAUGGAUCUCUGGACCUGUUGCUGCACGAGAAGGACAUGUAUCCUGAGCUUGCCUGGCCUUUGCGACUCAGGAUACUGUACGAGAUUGCCCUGGGGGUUAACUUCCUUCACAACAUGAACCCACCCCUCUUACAUCAUGACCUGAAGACACAGAAUAUACUGCUGGAUGGGGAAUUUCAUGUGAAGAUUGCAGACUUUGGCCUCUCAAAGUGGCGGCAGCUGUCGGUCAGUAAAGGCUCAGGGUCCAAGCCUACAGAGAUGGGAGGCACUGUGAUCUACAUGCCCCCUGAGAAGUAUGAACCAUCCAAGAGCCGCCGGGCUGAUGUGAAACACGACAUGUACAGCUAUGCCAUAAUUAUGUGGGAGGUGCUGUCCAGGCAGAUUCCUUUUGAAGAGGUGACCAAUCCCAUGCAGAUCAUGUUCAGUGUGCUGCGUGGGAUGCGUCCUGACACGAGUCUGGACAGUCUGCCCCCUGAGAUCCCCAGCAGGGAAACUCUCAUCAGUUUAAUGACCUGCGGCUGGACUUCAAACCCCGAUGAGCGACCUUCCUUCCUCAAGUGUUUGAUCGAGCUGGAGCCGAUGGUGAGAACGUUCGACGAGAUUGACUUCCUGGAGGCCGUGUUGGAGAUCAAGAGGUCAAAGUUGAGGGGAAGAUCGAGCUGUUGUGCAGCCCAGUCAGUGAGUGACAAGAGGAGUGAGGAGGGAUCACUGAACAUGCUGAAGGACAGGCCCAGCCUCUGGCCGGAGAGCUCCACCUCAGGCUCAGGCUCUUGCUCCUCCCAGGACACAGACAUAUCUCUACCAGGCGACCUCAUCAGCAGCAAUGCUGCACCCUCUAAAGAGGGGCUUCCAUCGUCAUUCUCACCUCCUUCUCUGGAGCCUCCACAGUCUUUGAAGGACAUCAACAUAGUCAACAAUCUGAACCAGAGUGCCAGGCCCAUAAAUGACUGGAACAUACCUGUCAAAUCCCCCAUGCCCGUCACUGAAUAUGAUACAUGGCAGGACAAUACCCCCCUUAAGCUGCAGCCUCAGCAACAAGCAGAAUACUCUCCUCCCUUGCUGCACUCCCCUCCCUCAGAAGGCCCGAUCGCCAAAUGGAUCUCGACACGGCGCGAGGCGAUCGUCAACCAGAUGACGGAGGCCUGUCUGAACCAGAGCUUGGAUGCCCUGCUGGCGCGCUCCAUGCUGAUGCGUGAGGAUUAUGAACUGGUAAGGAACCAGCCCACCCGCACCGCCAAAGUACGCCAGCUCCUGGACAACUGUCACCGACACAACGAAGACUUCUGCCGUGUCAUUGUCCGCAAGCUGCACGACAACAAGCAGAAUGGUCUGCAGCCGUACCCAGCGGAAAUCAGCUCCCCUACCACUGCCGUGCUCCCUAGCGCACCGCCACUGUCCACGUCUUGCAGUUUCCCCAGGAACGUGUAGUGAGCAGCCAACAUUAGAAGCAAUCCAGAUUAUAUAUUGUGCCUGCUUUACACUACACGUUGUCAUCAAUGUUGACGUGGUUGCUGUCUCAUUAAGAAUGACGAACGGCUGCUUGAGAGAAAAGAGUCACAUGCACAAAACUGAAGCCACUCAUCAACUAGAGACAAAAGUUUUUAUUCUGUAUAAUCAGAAUCAAAAGAUUUCAACUGAAUCAGUAUUUUUUAUUUAACAAUGUUUGGAUUUAACUUGGUGAUUUAUUUAUAGUCCCUUCAUUCUGAGUGGAUGUAUCUGAGGGUUUCACUCCUUUUGGUACAUUAUGCUUUUGUCUGCAAAGCAGUUACCAUUAUUUAAAGAUGCUAUUAUGUAGUGCUGUGUGUGUGUGUGUGUGUGUGUGUGUGUGUGUGUGUGUGUGUGUGUGUGUGUGUGUGCGAGCUUGUGCAUGUGCGGCCUUCUUUGUAGAAUGCGAACAUCUUCAGUUUGCUCAGUCGAUCUGAGACAGAAGGACAGUUAAUGUACUGGAAAAAAUAUUAUUAUUAUUUAAGUGGCUCUGUGUAGUUUUGGGGAAGAAAUUCAAUCUUAGAAUUUUAAUAUAUGCAAUAUUAAGGAAGUCAUAAUACAAACUCAGAAAUAUUUAGUAUAACUGAGUAAACAAGCUCUUCUCAGAGGAGAAUGAAGUCCCCAGAACAGUGUUUGAAGCUAAAAGGUGGCAGGGUCCGCCACAUAACGAAUAAACAAUGUCAAACAGUAUGAAAUUGUGUUGUUCAAUCAGCUCUAUCCAGUCAUGAAAACAAAGAGGUUGUUAAUUGCCUAUUAAGACAUUUCUUAUUUGACUAAAAUUUCUUCCCCAAAACAAUAUAGUGAACCUUUUUUAAGUAUAUUUACAGGUUAAUAAUCCUGAUGAUAAUGUUCACCACCGGGGAAGUGAGUCAGUAUCGCAGCUACUAAAAGAGUCUGUCUCUGCACUGGCGUACAUAACCUACAAUCGGUGAGAAAAUGACUUCAGAGCUGAUGAUUGCAGUCUAACUAGAAGAAUGUGGUCCGUCAUGUUAGCAGCUUCAUGUCACUCAGUUGAGGUGUUGGAUAGAGCUGUGAUUUUGGUUCAGUGGUCAUGUGACUGUAUGGAAAGUUUUUCUCCCUGUCAUGGCUCUCCCCGGCCCCCCUCUUUUUUACCGCUGAGCUAAAGAGAGUCACUGGGACCAGUAGUAAAGAGGAAGUUGAGAUCGUAUUACUACACUCAGAAUGAAAGGGAUGCGUGCGUGUCUGCAUGUCUAAAUUAAAAGUGGGACAAAGUGAUCUGCUCUGGAAUUUCUUUUGGCUUUCUCCAGCCACCUCUCAGUUUUCUGAACAAUGUUCGCUUCAGACUCAUCUGAACGCUUUGACAGUUAAAGUUUGUCCACGGACUCUGAGCUUUGAGUUUUGAUCAUACUGAGCUGCUCUGUAGAAGACUACUGCAACACGUGAACAGAGAAAACUGGCUCUGCUUGUAGCAAACCUGUAGUUUACCUACUUCCAAGCAGUCGCUCUGCUCAGUUUAUGUGUCUUGACUCGUACAACUUUUUCUACCUUGCUGUGCUUCCUAAUCUGUUAAUAAUGACAGUUAUGCUUGUUUAUAAAAUACAUUACUCUCUUUUCUUAAGAAAAUACACAUGCGUUAAGGCAGUAGCAGCACUUAAUCUGUAUUAAUGCGAGUAAUACCUUUUUGUCAGCCAUGGGGUUUGCUGUAACUUUAUUCAUAUAUACAGCAUGUAUAUAUGGUCUUUGUGCCAACAUGCAGAAGUUAGACACAGUCCUUCUUCACUCCUCCUUGUUUUUGGUGUGUGUGUGUGUGUGUGUGUGUGUGUAAUAGGACUGCAACUGUUGAUUAUUUCCAUGAUUAAACACUUGAUCUGGAAAAGAGCCAAGGUGAUGUUUUUAAAAUAGUUUGAUUUGGUAACAUCAACUACUUAUUUUUUGAUUACCAAAAUAGUUGCAGGUUCACUUACUUUCGAAUGGCAGAUGGCUUCAUCAACUACUCGUUUCUGGUCGAGUGUGUAUGCGUGUGUGUGUGUGUGUACUUUGUCAUGAGGAGCCUUACUGUCUUCAUCACUGCCUUCACUUGCUCUAACAGGUGCUUAAAUGACUAAUGUAGCUUUGGUGUUUACAGCCUGCACCAUUACAGAUUCACCACAGAACGAAUUUUGUUCCCUUUUAUCCAGAAAGAAAAGCACUUCCUUUUUGUUAUAUGGAUGCACACGUUCCCCAUCAGUCAGUGAAGCAUUUAUUACGAAACAGAGUGAGUAAUGAGCCACCACAGGUCAAUAUUAGUAACAGGAAAUUGGACACAAUGAUAUAAUGUCAUUUAAAUGACAACAGGAAAGCCAAGCUAGGUCGAUGUGCUUCCAUGAUGUUAGAUAUGUCUUAUGAUAACCGUGCCUCAUAUACUGCUUGGUCUCAACUGUAACAACUUGCAAAAGCCUUUUACACACAUAUCAAGCAAAAGAGCAGAGAAGUGCUGCACAUUGUUGUUACAUAUUUUGUACUUUAGAUGAUCUAUUCAUCUUUUUUUUUAUACAUUCUUUCAUUUGUGAUCUCAAAGUCAGGCAUUGUUUUUGUGAAGUGAUGAUUUGAUACUUGCCUUCUGCAAAAUACCAAUGUAAUUUAGUGCUCAUGUCAUUUUCAGUGUCCGUUGUUCAAAAAUAAUACACCAUGUCACGUAUAAAACUGUCAUUUUCAUAUAUUGUAUCAAACUUCAUUAAAAUGUUUCUUUGUUUUUA